GAAAGAGAUAUGAACCCAAUAACCAAUUCCCAUCAGUUUGGCAAUAAAGUACCACAACUGUAGAAAUCCUAAAGAAAAACUCCGCAAUCUACCGACCCUUCUUUCCUCCUUCCAUUCCAACACUUCUUCUCUGAAACCCUAAAUCUUCUCAGCUUCUACCGACGACCCAGUCAAUGGUUUGCCCCUCUGGUUCCUGAUCCACGCCUGAGAAAAAGAGUACAUCUUUGUACAAUUUGAAGUGCAGCAUCUUAUAUCAGACUUGGUCUCGGGGAACCGGAUAAAAGGGGCAGCCCAACGUUUCAUAUGCAGCAGUUCUUAAAAACUGAUUCAUAGGAGAAUUUGUUGGAUACAGAUUCUGGCUAAUUGAUUAGGAUAGUUAUAUAAACUAGUUUACUAGAGAGCUGUAUGUUACAUCAAUCAUUAGUUUGGUUGGCGAUCUUUUAAGGAUCUUUAAUUCCCAUCGCGAUUUAGUGAUGCACUUACGAGCAUAAUGGAACUGAGACUCCGACAUUUUACCUUAAUUUUUCUAUUUGUAUCUGUGUUGAGUGGCCACGUGACCGCAGAGUCUGAAAAUGGAACUAAACAAAAAGUAACUGCUCCACUGACGAAUUCUGGAAGUAACGUAAUAGAUGGGUCUGGUAAAGAGUAUGCCUUUACUUCUGAUGGUGGUAGUAAUGGAAACGGUGACUUGAGGGGCGGGAACAAUAGGGUUUCAGUCUCUACAGUUGCGUUUUUCACGCUUGCUAUGGCUGCUGCUACUGGCUUGGGUGCAGUACCGUUCUUCUUUGUUGACCUUGAUCCCCAGUGGUCGGGAAUAUGCAAUGGAAUGGCUGGUGGAGUUAUGUUAGCAGCAAGCUUUGACCUUAUACAGGAAGGACAAGACCAUGGUAGUGGCAGUUGGGUUGUAUUCGGGAUUUUGGCCGGUGGAAUUUUCAUUUCACUUUGUAAAAAGUUCCUUGAUCAUUAUGGUGAAGUGAGCAUGUUGGACAUAAAGGGAGCCGAUGCAGCAAAAGCUGUACUCGUCGUUGGAAUUAUGACUCUUCACUCUUUCGGUGAAGGUGCUGGCGUUGGGGUAUCCUUUGCAGGCUCCAAAGGUCUAUCUCAAGGUGUAUUGGUAACUUUGGCCAUUGCUGUGCAUAAUAUUCCCGAAGGCUUGGCUGUGAGCAUGGUUCUUGCAUCAAAAGGAGUUUCUCCCCACAAGGCAAUGCUAUGGAGUAUAAUAACUUCACUGCCACAGCCUAUUGUAGCAGUGCCAUCAUUUGUAUGUGCCGAUGCAUUUAACAAGUUCCUGCCCUUCGCUACUGGCUUUGCAGCCGGGUGUAUGAUUUGGAUGGUUAUGGCGGAGGUCCUUCCCGAUGGGUUCAAGGAAGCUUCCCCGUCUCAUGUAGCAUCUGCAGCUACACUUUCAGUAGCAUUUAUGGAAGGUUUAAGUACAGUGUUCCAAAACUUUGGCCACAACUACAAUUCAGAGGAUGCUUCGGGCUUCUUUAUUUCUCUACUUUUUGGUCUUGGCCCACUUCUUGGAGGAGUUUCUCUCGUUGCAUUUGCUCUUACGUUUCGCCUUCAGCACGCUCUCCUAACCGGUGUAGCAUCGGGCAUUGCCUUUGUCCUGGGUGCUUGGAGGCCAUUGCAACUCGUCUUGCAUUCAAAGAUGGAGUUUCUAUCAUUGAUUUCGCUCCUAGUGACGGGAUUUGCAUUUGCACAUUUUUGUACGUCAAGUGUUUCUAAGCUUGGGAGUCGCAAGAGGACUGCAGCAAGUUCAUUAACUUCUGUAACCGGCUUCCCGAUGAGCUCUCUUACCCUUCAGUCGGUUUUGUGCUGCCUUGCUAUUGCCCUCCACGCACUGGCCGAGGGGCUUGCAUUAGGGGUUGCUGCACCCAAAGCUUAUGGAUUUGGCCGCCACAUGGUGCUCCCCGUCUCCCUGCACGGUCUUCCUAGGGGUGCGGCCGUGGCAAGUUGCAUUUUCGGAGCGACUGACAGCUGGCACGGGUCCCUCUUAGCGGCUGCGCUCAUCGGGUUUGUCGGCCCAUCAUCAGCAAUCGGAGCCAUACUUGCUGGGAUCGAUUACAGUGGUCUCGACCACAUCAUGAUGCUCGCGUGUGGGGCCCUACUCCCGUGCUUUUGGAGCAUCGUGAAGAGAGCCGUGAGCCUGGAUAAGCAGAAGGGUGUCGCUGGGCUCAUAAUGGGCGCUUUGUUCGCCAGCGUCUGCCUCACGUUUACCAAGUUGGUUUGCUUGCACACUCCUUACUGCAACUCUGCACCCGAGGCUGUUAGAUGAUGAUGGACUAUCGCGACUCUCAUCCAUGUCAGGUAUUUUUGACUCCCUUAACCAACCUCUAUGAACAUCAUUCUUGAAAAUCAGGUCCUAACUCGAAGAACGAGAGCAACAAAGCUUAUAAGACAUCGCAAAGAGACGAGACAAGUUGUUCAUUUGUACAUCAUAUCUAUACUAUACGCUGGAUACUCUGUUAGAUGUAUUAUGGAUUCCUUUCUCAUUCGUGACAUAACAAUCGGGAACGAAAACUAUAUCAUCUUUGUGUAUAUGUGAGAACAAUCUUCUUCUAGGAUUCAAUGGUAUUUGAGCACAAUUUACAUUCAACCAUUUG